AUCUUUUUGUGCCUUUGUCCUCUGUCACUGUGUGAAGAGAGAGAGAGAGAGAGAGAGAGAGAGAGAGAGAGAGAUGAGGAAAAGAAGGGUGCGAUCGCAGAGCUCAGAAACCCUAAUUUCGAACCCGGAAGCGGAAGAAAAGGGUGGAGAGGGAAACACAGGCAAAGAAGGGAAAGGGUUUUUCGCGUGCUAUCUGCUGAUCUCCCUCAGCCCACGCCACAAGGGCCAAACCUACAUCGGGUUUACGGUGAAUCCGCGGCGUCGCAUAAGGCAGCACAAUGGUGAAAUAGUGAGUGGUGCGUGGAGGACCAAGAAAAAGAGACCCUGGGAAAUGGUUUUCUGCAUCCAUGGUUUCCCAACAAACGUCUCGGCUCUCCAGUUUGAAUGGGCCUGGCAGCACCCAAAUGAAUCACUGGCUGUAAGGAAGGCAGCUGCAAGCUUUAAAUCUCUGUCCGGAAUUGCCAAUAAGAUCAAACUGGCAUACACAAUGCUCACCCUCCCAGCCUGGCAAAGGUUGAAAAUCACUGUAAAUUAUUUUUCAACGAAGUACACAAAGCAUUCUGCCGGUUGCCCAAGCUUGCCUGAGCAUAUGAAGGUCCAAGUUUGCCCAAUGGAUGAGCUUCCGUGCUAUACUGAAAUAGAUGAGAGUUUAAGUGAAAAUGAAGAUGACUGGGAUAAUAAAGAAGAACGUGAUGUAGAUAGUAUUGCCAGUGGAGUUGCACAAGAAACAGUACCGGAUUCAGAUUCGGAUUCUAUUGAUCAAAAUUUGGUGGAUUAUGAGGAUAAUAUCAACAAGACGACUGAUGGCCUCUAUAAAUGGAGUAGGGAACUAGGAGAAGAUUGUACGCAGCCAUUUGGUUCCAUCAAAUCACAGGUGAGAACAUCAUCUUCAAUUGUUACUGGCUCCGUUGGUAUCGAAGAAGUUGCUGAAGAUGAUAGAGAUAUGAUUAAAGAUAGUAGUGUUGAAUUGCAUCGACCAGCAAGGAAUCUAUUAACCACUGUUGUGGCUGGUGAUAAAUUCCAACCACCAAGCAGCAGCAGUUUUGUGCCUUGCCAAGUUGAGAUAAUUGAUGUGUCAACCCCAUCUCCUGACUGCAGAACCAGUUUAUACGGCAAGAAGAGAAGAGUUUCUGUUGUUAGUCCUGAGAUUAUCGACUUGACUAAAUCUCCCACUUUUAUCCAAUUAUAGAAAGUUGGAUAUACUACCUAGGAAUAAUGAACACUGUUCACCAUGGAGUGGACAAUAUAGGCUCAAGUCUAUUGUUCGACCAAAUAAUGAAGAAUGUAUCAUUUUCAUUGUACUAUAUAUUUUCAAAAUAAGAAAAAGUAGUUUGUACC